AUGAAAUCAGCGGCUUCUCCGUCGAGCCAAAUAUGGGUAAUGCUUGGUUUGGGUUUAGCCGGAAUUUACGUUCUCACCAGAAAACUUACACAAGCUGUCAAAGAAGAUUUCGGCGCUUUCAUUCUAAAGCUUAAGUUGCUUCCUCCACCGCCUCCCGCUCCUCCCAAAGCUCCUCACCCACUCUCCUCCCUCAAUUUCGCCGUUACCGACAUUUUUGAUAUAGAGGGACACGUGUCGACGUUCGGACAUCCGGAAUGGGCAAGGACGCAUGAGCCUGCUUCUUCUACAUCUCUUGCUGUUUCUACUCUUGUUGAAUCCGGUGCUACUUGUAUUGGAACUACCGUUGUAGACGAAUUGGCUUAUGGCAUCAGUGGUGAAAAUAAGCAUUUUGGAACACCUACCAAUCCUGCUGUUCCUAAUCGUGUACCGGGCGGUUCCUCUAGUGGUGCUGCCGUUGCUGUUGCUGCUAAUUUCGUUGAUUUCUCUUUGGGCGUUGACACUUCUGGAGGGGUGAGAGUACCUGCUGGAUUCUGUGGGAUACUUGGAUUUCGACCUUCACAUGGUGCUGUUUCUCAUAUUGGAAUCAUACCCGUUUCAACAAGUCUGGACACUGUUGGUUGGUUUGCAAAGGAUCCUGAUGUAUUGCGUCGAGUUGGGCAUAUACUUUUACAAGCACCAUUUGUAAUGCAACGCAAUCCCAGGCAAAUCAUUAUAGCGGAUGACUGUUUUCAACACCUAAAUGUUCCUCUUGACAGGUCUUCUCAAGUGGUGAUCAAAGCUACUGAGAAGCUUUUUGGAAAGCAAGUAUUGAAGCAUAUUAAUCUUGAAGACUAUAUAAGUUCUAAAGUUCCCAGCUUGAAGGCUUGUUCCAUCCAAAAAUCAAAUGGCGCAUUGAAAUCUUCUUCAUUAAAAUUGCUCGCCAAUAUUAUGCAAUUUCUACAAAGACAUGAAUUUGAACAUACACAUAAUGAGUGGAUGAGCAUAGUAAAACCUGAUCUUCAUCCAGCUGUUUCAGCACAGUUGCAUGAAAAGUUUGAGGUGUCUGAAGUAGAGAUCGAAAACUCUAAAUCUGUUAGAAGUGAGUUGCGUGUUGCUGUAAACUCACUAUUGAAGGACGAAGGAGUUUUGGUGAUCCCUACUGUAGCUGAUCCUCCUCCCAAAUUAGGCGGAAAGGAGAUCCUAUCUCAUGAUUAUCAGAGCCGUGCAUUGAGUCUGCUAAGUAUUGCUAGCAUAUCAGGUUGCUGUCAGGUCACAAUACCAUUGGGAUUUUAUGACAAGAAUCCGGUUUCAGUGUCCUUGAUAGCUCGGCAUGGUGGUGAUCGCUUUUUGCUUGACACACUUAAGACCAUGUAUACAGUUCUCCAAGAGCAGGCUGAUAUUGCUGCCCCAAGUAAAUCAUCAAAAAGUGUUGUUAGCAAGGAACAAUCCGCUGAGACUGCGAAAGAAAAGGGAAAUCAAGCCUACAAAGAUAAGCAGUGGCAGAAAGCCAUUGGAUUUUAUACCGAAGCUAUUAAACUUUGCGGCAAUAACGCAACAUACUAUAGUAACAGGGCUCAAGCGUAUCUAGAACUGGGCAGUUAUCUUCAAGCUGAGGAAGAUUGUACAACAGCAAUAAGUUUUGACAAAAAGAAUGUGAAGGCCUACUUCCGCAGAGGUACAGCUCGAGAGAUGUUAGGCUACUACAAAGAAGCAAUUGAUGAUUUCAAAUAUGCCCUUGUACUUGAGCCAACCAACAAAAGGGCCGCCUCAUCUGCUGAAAGGUUGAGGAAACUAUUUCAGUAG